AUGGGUGGUGGUGGUGGUGGUGGUACCGCCUUAAUAAACUAUUUAAUUUCAAACUUGUGCACUACUAUCACAGGCCAGCACAACAAAAGCAGCAGCAAAAGAAAAUCAAUGCAGACAGUGGAGAUCAAAGUGAAAAUGGAUUGUGAUGGAUGUGAAAGAAAGGUCAAGAAUGCCGCUAAAAACAUCAGAGGUGUGAAAAGUGUGCAAGUAAACAGAAAGAUGAACCAAAUAAAAGUGAGUGGUUACGUUGAACCACAGAAAGUGUUACAGAGAGUUGUCAAGAAAACUGGGAAAAGGGCUGAGUUUUGGCCUUACAUACCAUUCAACAGAGUUCAAACUCCUCAUUUAUCCCAAGUUUAUGACAAGAAGGCUCCCGCUGGAUAUGUCAAAAAUGUUCAGACUGCAAUUGCUACGUCAAAUGCUACUGAUCAGGAGACACUCACAAAUCUAUUCAGUGACGAUAAUACCAACGCUUGUUCGAUUAUGUGA